AUGCCCGAUUUUAUAGAUUUGAUAUCCUCCUCGCCACCAAAGCCCCCGCCGAGAGUGGCCCAGCCAGAGCCUCCGUCCGCACAACCACCCCGCGCCAAUCCAACCUCAUCUGACCCAUAUGAUACCUCGCUGUUCGAUCAUGAUUUCGAUAAGCCUGCCAAGAGGCGGAGAGUUAGCGACGAAGAACAUAUUCCUAUUCGACAAGAAGUCAUUUUGAAAGAACCCAAGGCAUUGGAUGCUACGGCAGAGGCGUGGUUCUCAAUCUCGGAUGAUGAUUUCGAUCUACCACCCACGACCACGAAUGCGGAAAAGAAGCCAAAUCAUUCACGCGUCGAAGAGUCAGAUCCAAUAGCCUUGACAUCUCCUGCGCCAGGGCCUCUGCCUAAAAUGAGCUCCUUCCAUAAAACCAAAGACACGAAUAUGGACAUCCUUGCCCUUGACGAUGAUGACGAUUUCAUGGACUUGAACCACCCUCCGCACUCGAGUCUGCGAGCGCGCAGUGAUAUUGAAGAGUUCAGCGAUCCUUUUGCGCUGCCAGAAUUUGCUGAUCUGACAACAAAAGUUCCGACAACAUCAGCACCAUCAAAUCAAAUGUUGUCGGAAUCCACAGCACGCUUACUGGCUCGUCUUCGAGAUGAGGAGAAUGGCCCACCCCGAACCUCGGGCUCCAAGGUUGGACCUGUGAGCCAGAAGCAGAAAGUUUGCAGCAUUGAAGCCAUGGCUGCGGAGUUCCUAUCCGACGAUGACCUUGAUGAACCCGCGGCACCUCGAAAACCAACCAAAAAGGCGAGCAAGGUCGACCCUGCGACCAAGGAAGCCAAGGCCAAAUCCCGAGAGGCGGCCAAGAUGCAAAAAGAGCGAGAAAAGGAGCUCGAAAAAGAGCGCAAGCUAAAACUUAAAGAAGAAAAGGCGAAAGAGAAACAACGGGCUGCUGAUAUCGCAAGCGUCAAUAAGCUCAAAGUGAACAAAAAGGACUCUACGCCAGAGAUGAUCAUCGACGUCGCUACAACACUAGAAGACACUAGCGUGGGCACCCAAACCAUUGAGUUUAUGAAGCGGCUCGGUGUCCAGCAGACAUUCUUCUCAAGUCAGAUACCAAACGUUGUCAAAUGGCGUCGCAAGAUGAACGCUACUUUCAAUAAAACUCUGCGCCAUUGGGAACCUUGUCCUUCAUUCAUCCAAACAGAAAACCAUGUUCUAUGCCUCAUUCCAGCCCAAGAAUUCAUCAAUAUGGUCAUUUCACCACCCGAUGGAGAAGACAGAGAAAGCCUAGACCUCCACGUCGUCAAACUCAAGUCUGCCUAUCCGAAUUGCAAACCCAUCUACCUGAUCGAAGGCCUUACAGCCUUGAUGCGCAAGAAUACCAAUGCCCGCAACCGAGCCUUCCAAGCCGAAGUUCUACGCCAAAUGGCCGAGGCCGUACCAGAGGCGGAGGCCACCCGCAAAGCUAAAAAGCCCAAGAAAAAGGCCGAUGCCCCGAUAAUCGACGACGAGACCGUCGAAGACGCUUUGCUCCAAUUGCAAGUUGCUCACUCCUGUCUUAUUCACCACACCACCACGCCGGCCGAUUCUGCCGAGUGGAUCAAGAACUUUACGGAACACAUCUCAACUGUGCCGUAUCGACGUGAACGGCAAGAGGCGCACAAUGCGGCCUUCUGCAUGGAUACAGGUCAGGUGAAGACAGGCGCUGACAAGGAUGAUACUUUUAUCAAGAUGCUUCAGGAGGUCAACCGUGUCACAGCGCCUAUGGCAUAUGGUAUUGCAGGGCAGUAUCCAUGCGCCACGAACCUGGUACGCGGGAUGCGGAUGCAUGGCGUUGGAACGCUGGAGGAUAUCAAGGUAUGUUGUAUUUCUUACGGCUCUGGUUUCUUAAUGGAUUUGAGCUUUUGGUUUGAAAUUUUGCUAACGGUCACAGAAAUCUGCAAAUAA